UUUGUUUUCUUAUUUCAAGUGAAACCUUGUGAAUUUCCACAAUUCAAAUAUGGACAUCUGUAUUAUGAGGAGAGGCUGAGACCCAAUUUCCCAGUGUCUAUAGGACAAAGGUACAGCUAUAAGUGUGACAACGAGUUUUCACCACCUUCUGGGAGUUCCUGGGACUACCUUUAUUGCACAGCACAAGGGUGGAAGCCUGAAGUACCAUGCGUCAGGAAAUGUGUUUUCCAUUAUGUGGAGAAGGGACAGUCUUCAAACUGGGAAAAAAUAUAUGUGCAGGGUCAGUCUGUAAAAGUCCAGUGUUACAAUGGCUAUAGUCUUCAAAAUGGUCAAGACACAAUGACAUGUACAGAGAAUGGCUGGUCCCCUCCUCCCAAAUGCAUCCGUAUCAAGACAUGUUCAGAUUCAGAUACAGAAAUUGAGAAUGGGUUUUUUUCAGAAUCUGUUCAUACAUAUGCUCUAAAUAGAGUAACAUCCUAUAGAUGUAAGCAGGGAUAUGUGACAAAUACUGGAGAAACAUCAGGAUCAAUAACUUGCCUUCAGAAUGGAUGGUCACCUCAACCCUCAUGCAUUAAGUCUUGUGAACGGCCUGUAUUUGAGAAUUCUGUAACUAAGAAUACCAGGACAUGGUUUAAGCUCAAUGACAAAUUAGACUAUGAAUGUCGCGUUGGAUAUGAAAAUGAAUAUAAACAUACCAAAGGCUCUAUAACAUGUACUUAUUAUGGAUGGUCUAAUAAAACCUCAUGUUAUGAAAGAGAAUGCAGCAUUCCCACUCUAGACCCAAAACUAGUCGUUUCUCCCAAAAAAGAAAAAUACAGAGUUGGAGAUUUGUUGGAAUUCUCCUGCCGUUCAGGAUACAGAGUUGGGCCAGAUUCAGUGCAAUGCUACCACUUUGGAUGGUCUCCUAGUUUCCCUAUAUGUAAAGGUCAAGUAGCAUCAUGUGCACCACCUCUUGAAAUUCUUAAUGGGGAAAUUAAUGAAACAAAAAGACUUGAAUACAGCCAUGGUGAGGUGGUGGUAUAUAAUUGCAAACCUAGAUUCCUACUUAAGGGACCCAAUAAAAUCCAGUGUGUUGAUGGGAAGUGGACAACCUUGCCUGUAUGUGUUGAGGAGGAGAGAAUAUGUGGAGACAUUCCUCAACUUGAACAUGGCUCUGUCAAGUUUUUCGUCCCUCCCUACCACCAUGGAGAUUCAGUGGAGUUCACUUGUGNAGAAACCUUCACAAUGAUUGGACAUGGGUCAGUUUCUUGCAUUAGUGGAAAGUGGACCCAGCUUCCUCAAUGUGUUGCAACAGACCAACUGGAGAAGUGUAGAGUACUGAAGUCAACUGACAUAGAAGCAAUUAAACAAAAAAGGAAUGAAUUUAAGCAUAACUCCACCAUGAAUUACAAAUGUAGAAACAAGCAGGACUAUGAACACUCAAUCUGUAUCAAUGGAAAAUGGGAUCCUGAGCCAAACUGUAAAAGCAAAACAUCCUGCCCUCCUCCACCGCAGAUUCCAAAUACCCAAGUGAUUGAAACUACCGUGAAAUACUUGGAUGGAGAAAGAUUAUCUGUUCUUUGCCAAGACAAUUACCUAACUCAGGACUCAGAAGAAAUGGUGUGCAAAGAUGGAAGGUGGCAGUCAUUACCUCGCUGCAUUGAAAAAAUUCCAUGUUCCCAGCCCCCUACAAUAGAACAUGGAUCUAUUAAUUUAUCCAGAUCUUCAGAAGAAAGGAGAUAUUCAAUUGAGUCCAGGUGUCAUGAACAUGGAACUACAUUCAGCUAUGUCUGUGAUGAUGGUUUCAGGAUAUCUGAAGAAAAUGGGAUAACCUGCUACAUGGGAAAAUGGAGCACUCCACCUCGUUGUGUUGGACUUCCUUGUGGACCUCCACCUUCAAUUCCUCGUGGUACUGUUUCUCUUGAGCUAGAGAGUUACCAACAUGGGGAAGAGGUUACAUACCAUUGUUCUACAGGCUUUGGAACUGAUGGACCAGCAUUUAUUAAAUGUGAAGGAGGAAAGUGGUCUGACCCACCAGAAUGCAUAAAAACGGAUUGUAACGUUUUACCCACAAUUGAAAAUGCCAUAAUAACAGGGAAGAACAAAAAAUCAUAUAGGACAGGAGAACAAGUGACAUUCAAAUGUCAAUCUCCUUAUCAAAUGAAUGGCUCAGACACUGUGACAUGUGUUAAUAGCCGGUGGAUUGGACAGCCAGUAUGCAAAGAUAAUUCCUGUGUGGAUCCGCCACAUGUGCCAAAUGCUACUAUAGUAACAAGGACCAAGGAUAAAUAUCUACCUGGAGACAGAGUACGUUAUAAAUGUAAUAAACCUUUGGAACUAUUUGGGCAAGUGGAAGUGAUGUGUGAAAAUGGGAUAUGGACAGAAAAACCAAAGUGCCGAG